AUGCCCCCAAAGCAGCAAGCGAAAUCGAAAGCCGAUUUGGCAAAAAAGCAAAAAGUGGUUGAAGACAAAACCUUCGGUCUGAAGAACAAAAACAAAAGUAAAAAUGUUCAGAAAUAUGUUCAAAGUCUUCAACAAGCGGUUCAACCCAAACCCGAUCCGUCUAAAGUCGCCGCCAAGAAAAAGAAAGAGGAAGAGAAAGCAAAAGAGAAGGAGUUGAAUGAUUUGUUUAAAAUUGCUGUUACGCAACCGAAAGUACCAGUAGGUGUGGAUCCCAAGUCCAUUGUGUGUGAAUUUUUUAAAGUGGGACAAUGCACAAAAGGUUUUAAGUGCAAGUUUUCGCAUGAUUUGAAUGUUCAGCGGAAGGGUGAGAAGAUUGAUAUUUACAGUGACAAGCGUGAUCAAGAAACAAUGGAGGACUGGGACCAAGAGACACUUGAGAAGGUUGUGGAAUCGAAGAAAACAGAAUAUAACCAGAAUAAGCCCACUGAGAUUGUUUGCAAAUACUUUCUAGAAGCUGUGGAAAAGAAACAGUAUGGUUGGUUCUGGGCAUGCCCAAAUGGUGGCAAGGAUUGUCACUACAGACAUGCUCUUCCUCCAGGAUAUAUUUUGAAGUCUCAAAUGAAGGCACUUUUGGAGGAAGAGAGUGAGAAGAUUCCUAUUGAGGAAGAGAUUGAAAACCAGCGUUCAAAAAUAACAGCAUCAACUCCAAUGACUACUGAGCUCUUUUUGCAAUGGAAGACAAAAAAGAUGGAAGAAAGAGAAGCUAGCUUGGCUGCACAACGAGCAGAGAGGGCUAAGAAUGAUCGCAUGAGUGGUCGUGAGUUGUUUCUCUCGGACGCAAGUUUGUUUGUGGAUGAUGCUGAGGCAUAUGAGGAAUAUCAGAGAGAAGAAGAACCUGAGGUUACUGAGCAGAAGGUCAAGGAUGAUUCAGCAGCAGCUGGGCCAAGCAGUGUAACUAGUGCAGCUGCUGGUUCUGAAGAUAUCCUUCUUGAUGAUGAGGACGACGACGAGGAUGAACUUGACAUGGAUGAGUUAAAUGAACUUGAAGCUAGUUUGUCUAGAACAGCUAUUCAAAUUCACGAACCAGGUAUUCCGGCUUCAUCUUGAGAUUUAAAAAAAAGGAAAAAAAGCUUAUGGUAAACCAUGAUAGAUUCUUGAAGGAUUAAGCGUGUCUGCACCAAGCCUUUAAUCGAUGAUGAGAAAUAUUUUGUUUGAAGCUGGAAAUAUGUCCUGUCUCAUUAAUGUGGCAGUGUCCAGUUUUGCUUCUUUGUAGACUCUUCCUGAACUAGUUAAGCUUCAUAAUCCUGUCAUGUGACUAUAGCGGCCAAACUUGUUUAUCCCACUAUUGGAGCUGCUCUUGCAUAUGAUCAAUGAAAGGUUAUAACACUGUCACAUGAAAAAAAAAUUUUUUUUA